AUGAAAGUGUUCAUCAUUCUAUCACUAGCAGCCGUGGCUCUCUGCGCCCCAGCAGACCCUAGAGACAACGUGAAGCUAGCUGAACUUAUUGCUCGCCGUAGACUACCAGCGCUGGAACACGAAGAAGCCCGUGACGACUUCGGCCAGUACGCCCUGCGGUACGUGACUGCUGAAGGAACAGUCGUGUCUGAACGUGGUCGUCUGGUCCCUACCAAGGAUGGUAAGGACUACGUCCUAAUCACCGAGGGUGAAGUGUCCUACGUCAGCGAUGAUGGCAAGAUCUAUGUCACCAAGUACUCCGCUGGAAUUGAUGGUGUUAAGGUGCAAGGCGAUCACCUCCCCAAAGCACCCGAAGUCGAAGAAUACAGACCUUGA